AUGCCCCGGAGGAAGGCGGCUGCAGCGGCGGGCAACGGGCCCGGGGGUGCUGCUCGCAAGCGGCCGGCCUCCUCGUCGUCCUCGUCCUCGUCGUCGUCGAGCUCGUCCCGCGGGGGGGCCCUCCGGCAGCCGCCGCGGAAGAAGGAGCGCAACGGGGGCGGCGAGCGGCACGACGGCUCCGCGGCGCGGAAGGGGCGAGCGGGGGGGCAGCCGCCCACGCCCCCAGCCCCGCCGCCAGCAGCAGCAGCCGCCAGCGUGGUCAGCGAGCCCGAGCACAGCAAGGAGCGCAUCUGGCUGGAGCGCCAGGACCGCGCCUUGGGGAAACUUUUCUUCCCUGUAAUGCCAAGCCUGCCACAGGAGCACACGCCUGUGUGGGAUGGCAAGCGCUGUGGCCGGGGCCCCAAGUUCAAGGGGCAGCUUCUGAUAUUUGGAGCGACUAACUGGGAUUUGAUUGGCCGCAAAGAAGUACCCAAGCAGCAAGCCGCUUAUCGCAAUCUGGGCCAGAAUUUAUGGGGGCCCCACCGGUAUGGGUGUCUCUCAGGGAUCCAAGUCCGGGCAGUGGUAUCGGGACCAUGUGCAGCUCACAGCCUCCUGAUUACCACGGAGGGGAAGCUCUGGAGCUGGGGACGUAAUGACAAAGGGCAGCUGGGUCACGGAGACACCAAGCGUGUAGAUGCCCCCAAGACCAUUGAAGCACUCAGCAGUGAAAUGGUCGUCUUGGCAGCUUGUGGCCGAAACCACACGCUAGCCCUGACAGAGAAUGGUUCUGUCUUUGCCUUUGGAGAGAACAAGAUGGGGCAGCUGGGCCUUGGCAACCAGACAGAUGCUGUCCCCAGCCCCACACAGAUCAUGUACAACGGGCAGCCAAUCACCAAGCUGGCAUGCGGAGCCGAAUUCAGCAUGAUAAUGGACUGCAAAGGGAACCUCUAUUCCUUUGGGUGCCCUGAGUACGGACAACUGGGGCACAAUUCUGAUGGGAAGUUCAUCGCCCGAGCACAGAGGAUAGAGUAUGACUGUGAGCUAGUUCCCCGCCGCGUUGCCAUCUUCAUAGAAAAGACAAAAGACGGUCAGAUCCUUCCUGUACCAAAUGUGGUUGUGAGGGACGUGGCCUGUGGCGCUAACCACACGCUUGUUUUAGACUCCCAGAAACGGGUCUUCUCCUGGGGCUUUGGUGGCUACGGCCGGCUGGGCCAUGCUGAGCAGAGAGACGAGAUGGUACCCCGACUGGUCAAGCUGUUUGACUUCCCAGGCCGUGGAGCGGCACAGAUCUAUGCUGGCUACACCUGCUCCUUUGCUGUCAGCGAAACGGGUGGCCUCUUUUUCUGGGGAGCUACGAACACUUCACGGGAGUCCACAAUGUACCCCAAAACCGUGCAGGAUCUGUGUGGCUGGAAAAUCCGCAGUCUGGGUUGCGGGAAAAGCAGCGUUAUAGUGGCUGCCGAUGAGAGCACCAUCAGUUGGGGCCCAUCUCCAACCUAUGGAGAACUGGGCUACGGGGACCACAAGCCCAAGUCGUCUACAGCAGCUCAAGAGGUGAAGACUUUGGACGGGAUCUACACAGAGCAGGUGACCAUGGGCUACGCCCACUCCCUGGCCAUUGCCCGGGACGAGAGCGAAGCUGAGAAGGAGAGGCUCAAGAAGUUGCCGGAAUACAACCCGCGCACGCUCUGACAUAGGUAGCCUGUCCUUGCCGAAGCGGCUGCCCCUUCCGAUGUGCACUGGGACGCAGAGUCAUGCAAAGAGAUGGCCGACGUCGAGGAGCCGGUGCCUGCUGGGCUGCCAGAGAUUGGGUUUUACGAGCAAUUUCACGUUUUGACUACCUGUUGCUUCGACUCCUCCGCCUCCCCUGCCCCCUCCUGCCCUUCCCAAAGGAUGGCUUGUUUUGUAUUGGUAUUUUUGUUUUGGUUCUUUGUUGGGGGGGGGGUGUUAUGUUAAAAGCAAUUUGCUCAUUACUGACUUUACCAUUCCAAUGAAAAUGGCAGGACCGUUUUGUCAAAAUUGGGACAAUUUGUCUUUUUGUUAAUCUGGCUAUGGUUAAGCGGUGGACCAGAAACCAGCCUUUGGAAGAAAGGUGGCAGCCAGAGCUCUUUCACCUACAAAAGCUCUCCUCUGUUGUAGAAGGGCCUCUUUUGCCUUCCUUAGAAACAAGGGGGAAGUAGGAGGCCUCUGUAGGGUGGCUUAUGGGGCUUCUUGCUCCCUUCUGCUUAAAUAUGCACCUGUCACACAAACGCCCCCUAGAGUACCUUCAGCAGGAGCCAGUGGGAACGCCCCCUCCCUUCUUGGCACGUUAGGCUGAGUUCUCACUCAGCAGGGUGUUACUGGGGUCAGACUUGGCCUGCAGCCUUCUGGUAUGUUGAGCCAUUCAUUCCCUCGCAUCCUUGCAGGAUUAGACAGUGACGUUUCCUUAGGGGGACUUCCCUGGAAAGCCAGCUUUGUCUCCAGAUGCUGUAUAAGCCCAUGGAGGGAAGCAGUGAGAGAAGGGGGGGGUGACCUCAGGAAGGGCCUCUCUUGCUGUAUGUCCUCUUUUUCUCUUCUCAGCCCCCCCCCCCCCCCCCCCCGCCAGCUACUGAGCAGGCUUAGUUCUACGCAGAGCAGAGGGCCAGACUUUCUGCAUUGGGAGGCAGCUCAGGCCAUCGCAAUCCCGGGGCCAAGGAGGUGUCACAAAACAAUUCUCCCCUGCAAAGAGAACCCCCUCUCCCCCCCCCCCCCGCCAGGUGGUACUAAAGCAGAAACCUGGAUUAAAAUCCGGUUGGAAGUGGAAUGGUUGGUCUCCCGAGUGCAGCCCCCCUGGCUGGCUGACCACAGGUUCUUCUGCUGCUCUGUGCCAUGUUCUAGAAAUUUGGUGCCUUGAACCAGAGACCACGUUUGUUCUUUUAAAAAGAAUAUUAUAAAUCCAUAUAUUAAGGCUUCUCUUCCUCUGCGCUUCCCCUUCCGCCCCUCUUGUUAUCGGCGUGCUCUCGGAAUGCAGGAGGUCCUCAAAGCCAGCAGUGUUACUACUUUGGUUCUUGAAAAGUUUGGGUUACAGAAGCGCUGGGCAGAGAGUAGAGGGCUCCCCCCCGCCCACACACACACACACACCUGGAGGGGUUGGAAAGGACGGUCAUUCUACACAGUUACUGUCUCUCCACGGCCCUCUUGUCUGUUCAGCAAUUCUGGUUCUCUUCUCCUCCUCCCUCCCCCCCACUGUGAGACUGGACCAUCUCUUCAGGAGAAAGCUCACUUAGAGUCAUAUUUUGACAAUUUAAUUUGAGAAGAAAAGACCAAGAAGUUUCGUUGUCACCAAAGAGAGAGUGUGACCAUGUGUCUCUUAAGGAAAGAACUUUGCUCAGGUACUCUUGGAGCGGGAAUGUGCCCGAGGCCUCUUACGAACCCCUUUCCUAGUGGGGCAGGGAGAGGGAAAGAAGUGAGCAGAGCUGGAAAACUCUUGAGGCUGUUUUGAAUUUGAAUAAGGUGGGAAAGUUUCCUGGCCUAAUGCUGUAAUUACUCCCCUUGGGUUUUUUUAUAUUUCUCAAAAUAAAUGUUUAAAUACAGUA